CGCUAACGCUUCCCAUUGCGCCGCCAAACUCGCCAGCCAACGAGAUCGCUAGACCUCUGCCAACCCGCCACGUGGACACUGCUCCACGUGCACACGCGCUUGUACGGUUCUAUACGGCUCUCCACGCGACGUAUCUUGAAGUUUCUCCAUACAACCGCAAACAGCUCUCCAGCUUUAUCAUAUAUCUCCAUCAUCCAUCCCCUUCAUUUUCCCCUUUUAUCGAUCGAGAAACCGCCUAGCUUUCCUCGUUCGAUCCGUCUUCUUCAUCUGUCGUCGUCGUUGCAUCCGAGAGAAUAUCCUGAAACCCUAGCAUUUGCAUCUCCGAGUUCCGCGACCUAAUUGCAGCAACUCGCGCGAGGAAGGUUUGUAUUUGCUAGAAAAUAUGUGGGCCCAGCCUAGCCGGAAGAAUGACGUCGAGGCCGGAGGUGCGACGCCUCUGUACCCGAUGAUGCUGGAGAGCCCUGAGCUCCGCUGGUCUUUCAUCAGGAAAAUCUACUCGAUCCUCUCCAUCCAGUUGCUCGCCACCAUCGUUGUUGCCGCCAUCGUCGUCUUUGUGAGGCCAAUUGCGACCUUCUUCGUGAGCUCUGGCGCCGGCCUGGCUGUCUACAUCGUCCUCCUUAUCACGCCCUUCAUCGUUCUGUGCCCGUUGUAUUACUAUCACCAGAAGCAUCCCGUGAACUACAUUCUCUUGGGGAUUUUCACCAUUGCCAUCGCUUUCGCCGUAGGAUUGACGUGCGCAUUCACCAGCGGGAAAGUUAUCCUCGAAGCAGUGAUCCUGACAACCACAAUGGUUGUGGGUCUAACCCUCUUCACAUUCUGGGCAGCAAAGAGAGGCCACGAUUUCAAUUUCCUUGGACCGUUCUUGUUUGGCGCUCUUCUUGUUCUCAUGGUUUUUGCUCUCAUCCAGAUUCUGUUCCCGUUGGGUAAGCUUUCGGUGAUGAUUUACGGAUGCUUGGCUUCAAUCAUCUUCUGUGGUUACAUCGUGUACGACACUGACAACCUCAUCAAGCGCUACUCCUACGAUGAGUAUAUCUGGGCUGCAGUGUCUCUCUACUUGGACAUCAUCAACCUGUUCCUCUCGUUGUUGACCAUCUUGGAAGCUGCUGAUUCGUAGACCUUGGUUCUUUUGUCCUGUCCGUGAUGAAGCUUUCCCUGAGAACUCUUAUAGGCACCGAGUGGAAUUGUAAUUGCUGGCUCCUAUAUGUCUCUGUUUUCCCUCUCUGCUUUAUUGCUAUUUAGUUGUGGAGAUAGAUGUCAAUGUGAUUACAUCGUUACUAUUGGGGAUAAAAUGCCAAGACUGCAUGUGGAAAUUCUUGAAUAUGCAUGGAAAUGUAUAUAGAUGGUGGUUUAUGUGUUGGAUAGUUGGCUUAACUAGCUGUUUAAAAUCUUUUAUUAUUCGUCGGGCCGCAGGGUUGUCGACACAAACCAUGGGCGGUUAAAUUCCCUCUGUGACAAUCGCUCUAACUCCUGAGUGAAAUGGAUUUUUCCAGAAAUAGCACUGUUUAAAAAAAAAUUCCAAAAAUA